GGGUUCGUCGGCAAUUGAGAAAUUGACGCCUCUUACUGGUCUCCGAUACUCCCAACAAGAUUGCAAAAAGUUAUACACAAGACUACUUUCGGCUAGAUUACAAAAGAGCUCCCCCCUUUGCUAUUUUAGCCUUAAUCUGUAGGACACUUAGCGUAAGGUGCACACCGUGCAUAUUCUACUAUGCUUGCCAUCACCCUACAUACUUCCAACGCGUUUUUCCCUGGCGUUUUUCUACGGUUAUCAACUUGCCAACCACUAACGGGGUGGCAAGUGGCCGUUCAAGGCUGCUGUCCCACUGAUGUUUAGCGAGAGAGCCUAAGCCGUGAGCACGAGCCGUUUUGAUGCAGCAACAAGGGAGCACAGAAGAGAAGGAACCACGGAUAGCGUAGGCUUAUGGAGUCGAGGGAGCGGGGGAAUGCCUCGGAAAGGAGGAGGGCUAGGGAGGGGCGUCGUGGGUCGCCUGGAGAAAGGAGAGACUCGAGUAAGGGGCGAGAGGGGUGCAGGAGCGUGACGGACGAGCAGCGGCAUGUGCGGCGACGAGGAGAGACGGGAGCAGGAGGAGAGCGGGAGGACGACGAGUGGGGCAGGGAGGGGCGAGGAGGCAAUGCGGACAAACGGCGAGAGUGGGAGAGCGAGGCGAGGCGGGAGAGGGAGAGGGAAAUGGAGAGGGAGAGGGAGAGACGCAGGAGCAGCAGCCGUGCGAGAAAGAGCGAGCGGACGGAGGAUGGGCAAUGUGUUGACGCGGCAGCCAGGAACCGCGAACGAACGCAUCAGCAGCAUCAGGGGUGGGGUGGGGGGGGCCAGUUGGUGUGGUACGGUCACGAGGAGUACCACCCGGUGCAGGCGGGCAGCAUCGACGGCACGGACACGCGCCCCCAUGACCGCGGCAUCAAGCGCGCCCUCAUGGCGCGCCGCCUCGCAGCUUACGACCCCGCCUCCGACCCCUGCGCGGCCAGCGUGGACGCCUCGCGCACGCUCUUCGUAUGCCGCCUGCUGCCCGCCACCACGGAGGGGCGCCUGCUGCAGGCAGCAGAGGCACAUGGCAGUGUGCAGCGGUUGCGGAUUGUGCGCAACAUUGUGACGGGUGCAUCUCGAGGCUAUGCCUUCAUAGAGUACGCCUCGGCUCAACACUUUGACAGAGCGUACCGGCGAGGGUUGGACCUGGAGGGUGUGGGGGGGCGGCAGGUGCUGGUGGACUUCUACCGCCAAGGGCUGCUGCCAGGAUGGCUGCCUCGCAGAUAUGGAGGUGGCGUCGGGGGGAGGAAGGAAUCAGGGCAGAUUCGGUUUGGCUGUCGAGAUCGGCCGUUCAAAGUCCCCUUGAGGGAGGUCCCCGUGGAGCAGCUUCAGAAGCUCGGCAUUCCGUUGCCGCCUCAAGGAAGAUUUCACUCCACCCACCAAGUACCUCCCCUUCCAAGUUCACUGGGAACGAAGUGAGAGGAGCGGAGGGCUCUGUCUGUCUGUACAUACCCGGGGGUAGGUGGGCAAUGGAAAAAAUGGGUGGUCAUAAGUCCUUGGGAGUGGCUUCAAUGAAGCGCUUGAUAGCUUUUUCGAAGGUUUAGUCGUUGGGGCGCCGGCCGGUGCUCGUUUGAAGUUGGCUGGUCAACCAGUGGUGUCUAGCAGUAUCUUAUCUAGGCUUGUUUGUAUAAUGUCAUAUGGAGCUUGAAAUAGUUCUGCGCUGUAUGUGUGAGAUAUUUCGUACGGUUUAUGAAUGGGAG